AUCGAUAAUUUUCGAAGAUUGAUUGAUACAUUGUUUUUUUCUGGGGGAUCCCAUUUCAUAAUUUAUGUUAUUGGGUCAAGACGGCGUCAACAAGAAGAUUAGUGGUGAAAAAAAGAUGGCGGCAGAGGUCCGGGUGAAACACAAAAGACAUAAGAGCGAAGAUGACGAAGAAGAAUGCCGCCAAAGCAAAUCUUUGAAAACUGACGGAAAUUCCAGUUAUACGACGUGUGAUUCUCCUUAUAAAGCGUCGGCUACAAAUGACAACCCAGCUACACCGGAUUUAAAAAUCCAAACUCCGGCUUACACCGAUUCUGGUUAUGGAAGUGUCGCGACAUCUUCGACAAAGCUUCCUGCGUCAAAUGCAUCUAGCACUUCAGGUUUGACAUGUGAAUGUGGAACACCUUUGGCGGUUAAUCUGGCCCCUAAUUCGACAUGUAAAGUGAAGAAGAGAAUUUUAUGCAAGUUUGGACCCUCUCAUUUAAAAAAGUUUCUGCAACGCAAUUUCAUUCGCCUCAAAGAUGAGGUAAAUCCAAAGGAAAUCGCAGAUUAUCUGCUUGAGGAUGGUGUAAUUUCUGUCGGAGACAAUGAAUAUAUCAAUGAAGUAAACAGACGACGUCAACAAGUUGAUAUUUUAAUAAAAGCAAUAGUAAAAUCAAAGGUGAUAAACGAUGUAAAUACUACAAAGAAAGUAUUAGAAGCGUUUGAAAAAACUGGUCAAGAACAUCUUUUCAAGGACUUUGACGAUGACAUACCCGAUGAUGUGAAGCUUCCAAAAAAAGUAAUAAAACAAUUGACAGAGAAAGACGUAAGGCGCGUUAUCACAAGUAAUUGGGCUCUGCUGAAAGAGGAAAUUGAUCCUCUAUCAGUUAUUGACAGUCUUCUCGAACGAAGGGUUUUAGAAUUUGAUGAGCACGAGAACAUCCUUACAAUAGACUACAAAAAGGAUAAAAUGACUUGUUUGUGCAAAUAUAUUUUGGAUAAGCCUAUAGUGGCUUUCUGGCAUUUUUGCCAAGUUCUUAAAAACUCCACUUACACUGUAAUUGGAAAGCAGCUUCUUAAGGAAGGAAAUGAUACAAUAUCAGACCACCCUUUAUCACCGGAAGAAAUGGAUCUACAACUAACAGAUCCAUUUUCCAGCACCACAAAUGACAUUUCCAAUACAGGUCACUCUUUGACGGAAAUCCACUUUAAUCUUGGUUCUAAGGAGGUAGAGAGGAUGAUCGUCGAUGAUUACGAAUCUUCCGGAGCUCAGAGUGACCUUAGUCCAAAGGCCAUGGAAAUCGGCUAUGACGUUGAAGGUGUCUCUUUCUCGUCGAUUAAAAUCAAACUGAAAUGUUUGACUGAGCAGUCACAUCUGAAUUUGAUUAGAAGAUCAGAACAUUCCCUUUUGUAUAUUAAAAAGAUAUUAAAAACAAUAAUUACACAAGAACAUUUAAAAAAAAUGAGAGAAGAGACAAUUAAGCAGAUUGACUUUAAAGUGUUAAUAUAUCCGCCACAAAAAGGAGAAGCGAGAUGUUUAUGCAAACUCAAGAAAGAAGAUGUUGUAAAACACUUCUCAUUGAUAGAAAAAAGAAUCGCUAAAGUUGGAGAAAUAGUUGAACAAAUAUGUCAAUCACUUCUGGUGGAUGAUAGGGAACAGAAGAAAUGGUUGGACUCUAAGAAUGACGUAGAUGCAUUUCUACGACUGAUUAUCAACGGCGAAGACAGUCUAGUUUGUUUAUUGGAAAAACUACUACGAAGUACUGAUCAGAUAGAACUACUAGAAAUGAUCACUGCUAGAGCUGAAACUAAAACAACACCGGAGAUAACUGCUGACGAUAUUAAACAGCAUAGACAUCAACUUGUGGAUGAAAUCGAACCAAGAAAGUUCGUGGAUAUGCUACGUGAAAUCCCUAACUCCGAUGAUAUUGUAGAUACAGUAAUGAGGACAGAAAUACCAAGACUCAAACGUAGCAAGGCAUUGGUGACGUUCAUUCUUAAGACUAAGUCAGAGAAGAUAUUCCAACAAGAACUCGAGAAGCAACAGAUGUUUUACUUGACCAAGUUGCUAACAUCUAGCAUAGGUUCACUACAGGACUUGAAAGAAGCAGUCGUUGCUUCACUCGAUGACAUAACGGAAAAUAUAGAACCUGCUCGGUUCAAAAAGUAUCUCGUUAUAAAACCUGAUAUGUGCGGGAAAGAAUUUAAAAACAUCUGCCGGCAUACUGCACGGAAAAGAAGAGCUUUUGCAUUAAUGGAAAAAAUUAUUCAUGGUCCAGAUAUUUUAAUAAGACGAUUUAUAAACGGUCUUAAUGAGCUUGACUAUGGAGGAAUAUCGAAAUUAAUACAAGAGCGCGCAGAAACGUACAAAGAAUGCGCUAGACUUCAUGAAACAACGAUUAAAGAAAAGAUGGUAAUCUUUAGAGGAAGGUUUGACAUCAACUACGAGACGUGCGGUAAAGAUUCCGAAACGCAGUUAGAGGUUUACCUGAACCUACAUAAUCUAAUGUCCGAAUUUUGCGAAGAAUCUGCUGAUGAUGAGAAUGAUACGAGUAAAGACCCUGUAAAAGACGCAAGAAUAUCUGCAUGGGUCAUCCAGCAGCAUGCAUUUAUUCAGCAGGAGAGCAUUGCUGCAGAUAUGGAAGACGAUAAACAGAACAACAAGGAGUUUGAAGAUCCGGUAGCAGAUGUUCAAGAAGGCAUUUCUCACUCCGCCAUCGCCCAAAACUUGCAGCCAUGUGGAAUAUCAGAGGAGACAAGGACAACAGUAAGCUCGCAGGCACCUACAACCAACGUAAGCAGUCCCCUGUCGUCACAAUACGAAGAUAUAACGCCACCCAGCUCACCUGUACAAUAUCAAAAUACCAGGGCAUACAAGAGAAGACACUCUUUGCUGGAUGAAGAAGAAUGUUCAAGUCGCUCCUCUGGGUCCCCUGAAGAGCGUCAUUUAAAUACAACACCGAACCGGAACAUACGGCCAUCAAGCAGUAGCAUUAGUCAGUCUUCUAUGUAUUCAAGUUUAACAAUGGCCUUUUUAAAACCAUUCAGGACCAUGUCAAACAAGAAAAAAAGUUACAUCUAAACGGUUUCUGCUUAACAUUAUACUUGUUAACAUAGUGUUGUUGUUUGUUUCUUCAUUUUUGGCUUGGCGGAACUAUAUGUAAUUAUUUUAAGAUUUUAAUGUUCAUGUUGUUGUAACAUGUAUCUUCUGAAUUUAAUUCUCUUGUAAUUUGGUAAUUCGUCGGGUUCAGUCUUUGGUAAAGUCGUUAACGACUUGUCUCUCUUUUGUAUAUAUGACCAUAUAAACUUAAGGCUGUAAACUCAAAAGUAUGUGUUCCUUACUAGAUUAUAUCAUGAUAUUGUCAUUAAGGCGUCGGUUAGAUAAUCAUUGUGUCUCUGUUUAAUUACUUGUUGUUAUCAGAAUCCAUAUAUGAACAUUAAGCUUCGGAAUAACCUUGGCCCGCCUCUCUUUCAUGACUUGCUCCAAUAACUUAAGCCCAACAAGACGGAGAACAGAUACGCAAUGCCUGUCUCGCAAUAUAAACGACGUUCUUGAAUUCUGCCUAAAUCAAUUAAUGCAUAAACUUGUUCAUAAUACAUUAAUCGGUAAAUUAAAUUAUUCAUUUUUUUAAAGUUGUACUUUUUGUAUAUUUACACUAUUGGUAUUUGUAUAUACAUUUUAUUAAUUCUUCUUAAAUGUAUAUGUAUAUCAUGUGUCAUAGUUAGUUCAACUGUUUCAAUUUUGAUAUCAUGGUUCGCUUAUGUUUCCCAUUUUGUUCAGAGGUCGAUAUCAAAAUAUGUGUAUUGAUACUGUUUUAUUCAUUCAUACUUAACAUACAUCUUUUUGCCAAGUCACUUUACAUAUUCAAAUGAAUUACGCCCAUGUAAUCAAUUCGCUUUGUUUGAGUAUUAAUCUUACAUCAUGACAUAUUUUUAUGCAAAAUACAUGUUUUGGAAAUUGAGAUGGAAGUAUUCGGCAUGAACAA